ACAAACCUACUUUUAUGUCUUCUUUCUUCUUUUUAUUCUCUACAAUCUCCAAUAAAAGUAUUAUUCUACAAAAAGUCUUCUUGGUCUACCUUCCCACAAACUCAAGAGCAAGAGCUUUCCAAUGAACAGAUACAAUCAACGUAAUCAGCAACCUUCUUUUAUUGCUGAUCAUUUCCACAGCUUGGAUCAGGUGAUAACUUCUUUGAGAGAAGCUGGACUAGAAUCCUCAAACUUGAUUUUAGGAAUUGACUUCACCAAGAGCAAUGAGUGGACAGGAAGACACUCAUUCAAUAGAAAAAGCCUUCACGCCAUUGGUAAAAGACAGAAUCCAUAUGAGCAAGCAAUAUCCAUAAUUGGCCGUACAUUAUCUCCAUUUGAUGAAGACGACCUUAUACCUUGUUUCGGCUUUGGAGAUGUAACAACACGAGAUCAAUAUGUAUUCAGCUUUUAUCCUGAGAACAAAAGCUGCGAUGGAUUUGAAACCGCAGUUAAAAGAUACAGAGAGACUGUUCCACAUUUGAAGUUGUCCGGUCCAACCUCGUUUGCACCGAUUAUUAAUGCAGCCAUCGACAUAGUGGAGCAGAACAAUAUGCAAUACCAUGUUCUUGUCAUUAUAGCAGAUGGUCAGGUCACUAGGAAUCCAGAUUUGCCAUUUGGUCGGCUUAGUCCACAGGAAGAAGCUACUAUGAACUCCAUAGUGGCAGCUAGCCAUUACCCGCUGUCCAUCGUCUUGGUUGGAGUAGGAGACGGACCCUGGGACACAAUGAAACAGUUUGAUGACAAUAUCCCUCACCGCAAAUUCGAUAACUUCCAGUUUGUGAACUUCACAGAGAUAAUGUCAGAGCACAAAGACGCAGCUAAAAAGGAGGCUGCUUUUGCACUCGCAGCUCUAAUGGAGAUUCCUUUUCAGUACAAGGCUACAUUAAGUCUCGAUAGAAAACAAGUGCGUGCUUCCCGUUUGCACCACAAGCCACUCCCUCCACCACCGGAGGUCAUAGAGCGUGACAAUGCUGUUAGAGCAGUGCCAAAUCCAGUAACAGAAACUGCAGAGAAAAGUGAAAGAACGGCUCCAGUAACACAACCGGUAUGCCCGAUUUGCUUGACGAAACCAAAGGACAUGGCCUUUAGCUGCGGCCAUACUACGUGCAAGGAAUGUGGUGUCGUUAUCAAGACAUGCCCAAUGUGCAGACAACCUAUCACAACGAGGAUAAGGCUGUACACUUGACUCGAUGAGGCAAAAGCCCAUAUAGUUUAGGCAGCUAAACUCCAUGUCCAUACUUUUGUGUACCAUAUUGAAUAGUUCAACCAGAAUAAUAAUAAAAACCUAAAAUCAUGACCUGCAGUAGUUUGUAAUAAACGAAAAUUCUUAACUUGACAAAAGAA